CACUGGGUGCAACACAACCCCAAAGCAUGAUCGAUUCACACCCAUGCUUCAGAGUUGGAGAGGUGUUCUUUUCCAGGAAUUUGGCACCCUUUUUUCUCCAAACAUACCUUUGCACAUUGUGGCCAAAAAGUUCUAUUUUGAUUUCAUCAGUCCACAGGACUUGUUUCCAAAAUGCAUCAGGCUUACUUAGAUGUUCAUUUGCAAACUUCAGACGCUGAAUUUUGUGGCUAGGACGCAGGAAAGGUUUUCUUCUGAUGACUCUCCCAUGAAGGUCAUGUUUGUUCAGGUGUCGCUGCAUAGUAGUAGAACAGUGCACCACCACUCCAGGGUCUGCUAAAUCUUUCUGAAGGCCUUUUGCAGUCAAACAGGUUUUUUAAAUUUGCCUUUCUAGCAAUCCAACAAGCAGUUCUUUCAGAAAGUUUUCUUCAUCUUCCAGACCUCACCUUGAUCUCCACUGUUUCUGUUAACUGCCAUUUCUUAAUAACAUUACAAUCUGAGGAAACAGCUACCUGAAAACACUUUGCUAUGUUCUUGUAGCCUUCUCCUGCUUUAUAUGUUCAACUGAAGGUGUGACUCCUCACACCACUGGACAAAGUCUUCAAUUAUUGGUCCAUGGGCUCUGUCAUUUUUUAUGGAGCAAGCUCACGAUGACGGAAUCGUCCGCGUACUUAAUAAUGGUCCUAUUUACAUAUUUGCUCUGACACAUGUUUGUAUCUAGAAUAAACAGGAGGGGUGAAAGUAUGUACCCCUAUGGUGAGCCUGUAAAUCUAUGUGAAAUUUUGUAUAAUUUUUGAACAAUGUGAUAUGUUAAACUUUUGCACUAAGCUGUUUUUAGCCUACAUGUUACAGAGUAACUAGCUUAUCAAUUCUUGAAUAAACACUCCCUAAAGUAUUAACAGGGCAGUUCAAGAAUAUUUUUAUUUUAAAAUAAGUGAAUGUAUUUUUGUAACCUAGAAAUAAUUUGUCUUACAAUCUAAAUAAAAGCAAAAAAAACAUUUAUUACAAUGGUUACAACAGGUUUUAUUUUGUUAAUUCAAGUGGACCAUCAAAUAAAAAAAAAUCAUUCUAAAUAAUUACUUAUUGCAUUUAUCAGGGUUACAUGCGCUUAGGUCAGGCAAGGCAAGGCAGGCAGGCAGAAUUCCUUAAAAUCUCUUUGUCAAGCUUUUAUUGCAAGAAUUGCAGGAAGUAUUUCAAUACGUGUCCUGGGAAAAAUAUUCUGAUAUCACUAAUUGCACAGGUGAUGUUGGAGUUAUUUUGGGAGGGUUUAACAAGAUAUGGUGAAUCCAAGGUCAUAAUAGCUCUAUAAAAACCCUGACUCUAUCCAGCUAUAGCAGUGUGAAAUGAUGGCUCUCCUGUGGGUUCUCUCUUGCCUCGCCUUUAUUGGAGCAACAUAUGGUUGUGGUGUUCCCGCCAUUACUCCUGUGAUUACUGGAUAUGCCAGGAUUGUGAACGGCGAGACGACUGUGCCUCACUCAUGGCCCUGGCAAGUGUCUCUGCAGGACAGCACCGGCUUCCACUUCUGUGGUGGUUCCCUGGUCAAUGAGUACUGGGUGGUGACCGCUGCUCACUGCAGUGUCAGAACCUCUCACCUUGUGAUCCUUGGAGAGCAUAACCGCGCCUCUAACUCAGAGAGCAUCCAGACCAUUAGAGUUGCGAAGUCCAUCAGGCACCCCAACUACAAUCCAUACACCAUCAACAAUGACGUUGCUGUGAUCAAACUGGCCUCUCCCGCCAGGCUCGGCCCCCGUGUGUCCCCUGUGUGUUUGGCUGCGACCACUGACAGCUUCCCAGGUGGCAUGAGGUGUGUCACAACUGGCUGGGGCUUGACCAGAUACAAUGCUGCAGACACUCCUUCUCUUCUGCAGCAGGCUGCUCUGCCUCUGCUGACUAACACCAACUGCGAGCGUUACUGGGGCAAUAAAAUUACUAGCCUGAUGAUCUGCGCUGGAGCCUCUGGAGCUUCCUCUUGCAUGGGUGACUCUGGUGGCCCUCUUGUGUGCCAGAAAUCUGGAGCUUGGACCUUGGUUGGUAUUGUCUCCUGGGGCAGUGGCAUGUGCUCUACAUCCACGCCUGGAGUGUACGCUCGGGUCACUCAACUUCGCUCCUGGAUUGAUCAGACCAUCGCCUCCAACUAAAGCCUUUACAGCUAUUGUGGCUUGACUCAAUUCUCAACAUCUUCCUUAUGAAUAAAGAUCAUAACAAUGCA